UGCAUGUUGAGAAUGACAUCUCUCUCUGCUUGUCUCUCAGAUUGUCAGAUGAGCGUUGCAUCCGUGUUGUUUGGAGUUGCUGAUCGUGUCUCAUGGAUCGCCACGGUCAGAGCGGAGGAAGCCUCCCAUCCGGUGCCAUCCUUUCCCUGGACCAGAUCAAAGCCAUCCGCUCAUGCAACGAGUACUCUGAGGGCCCGGCCGUAGCGCACAGACCGGCCCCGGGGCCUCCACCGCGCAAUGCAGACAAGCAGGAGAGGACUCACGAGGUGAUCCUGGUGAACGUGAAUAACAACUACGAGCACCGAGCGGCACGUCCGCCAGCGCUCAGCAGAUCCACGAGCUCCGGGAGCAACAGCAGCGACGGAUCGGAGCGAGGCCUGCUAGCGCCGUCGCAUUAUCGCAAUCACGCCAUACGGACUCAGCCGAAAUCUCUGAACGCAUCCAUGCAUCCGUUUCUCCCGCCGGACGUUCCUCUCAAACAGGAAAAACUGGACUCGGCGCAUUUAUACAUCUGCGAGAGCUGCGGGAAAUGCAAAUGCAGCGAAUGCACAGCGCCUCGUCCGCUUCCGGCGCGCCUCGCGUGCAACGGACAAUGCCUGUGUUCGGCCGAAAAUGUCGUGGAGCAUGGGACAUGCAUGUGUUUGGUCAAAGGGAUUUUUUAUCAUUGCUCAAACGACGAUGAUGACGUUGGCGACCCUUGCGCCGACCGGCCGUGUUCUCUGUCGCAUCCGCAGUGCUGCUCGCGCUUUCUGUGCAUGGGACUCAUGUCGGCGCUCUUUCCGUGUCUGCUGUGUUACCUGCCCGCUAAGGGCUGCUGCUGCGUGAAAGCGUGCAACUCGUGCCACGACCGCGUGAAGCGGCCUGGAUGCCGCUGCAAGAACUCUAACACCGUUUACUGCAAGCUGCAGAACUGGAACCAGACGCCCGGACAUGCGCCGGGAAAACCGUCCUGAGAAAUCUCACAUAUUUCUUUAGCUGAAAAAAGCUGGUUUUGCUGCUGCAGGAUGCGGAAAUUGCAAAUGGGGCGGGGAGGGGUUAUGUUAAUGAGUGCCUGAUAAGCUCCGCCCCUCACGGCGCGGAAGAACCACUCGUUUGUUUUCUGAACCUGGCUGCGUUCCACUCCACUUUUAGACACGCACUUACAAACUUCCCUAAACACUUCCCCUCGGG